UUUACCGGCGGUGAUCCUCUCCUCGGCUCCACCACCAUUCCCCUUCCACACCAAUCCCAUAGCUCUCCCGCCCAAUUCAGUCAGCGAACCUCAGAAUACUAAUAAUUCUUCCAAUCUCUUAAUGCCGGUUCAUCUUCCAGCUAAAAUCUGUAGCCUCCAACUUCAUAAGGCCGGCGAUGGUCCGCCACACCAGUGCUAGUCUUGUGUCAACCAGAAGCCUCGACCGGAAAAGAGGGAAGAUCCCUAUGGAAGGAGAGAGUUGAGUUAUGAUGCGACGGCCAAAGUGUGCUUGGCCGUCAACCGGUUGGCGAGCGAACCGCAAAUUGGAAGUUAUUAGGGCGAGAAGGUGAUGCUUGGAGUGAAAUGUUUCUAUGGUUGGGAUUAGCUAGGGUUUUCAGAGGCUCGGAACGUGUUUUUGUUGUUGUUCUUGUUGCAGUAGAGAAGGUUUGCUGAAUGGAAUGUUAGAUUUUUUGCGAUUAGCUGCCGCAGCAGCUUCUUGUUCUAUAGUUUACUAGGACUCACACAAUAGAAAAAUAGCCCGCCCACCUCUUUGUCUUUUCGAAGAAGGAAGGUCUUAGAUCUUCUGGUUAAUUUGAUGUUAGCUUAGCUAGUUUUCUCACCUUGAACAAGUUGCUCGCUUUCUUGAUUCUUCAUUAUGCCAUUCCAGAGAAGUAGAAGGCGGAGAGACGUCUGCAUUGCUCGUCAUCUCUGGCCAGAUGGCAGAUCAGCGUGCAGGUUACAGUGUGGAUGAAGCUCUCCUUGCCUUGGGGUUUGGAAAGUUCCAAACCCUUGUCUUUCUUUAUGCUGGCAUGGGCUGGCUCACAGAAGCAAUGGAGAUGAUGAUUCUCUCAUUUAUAGGCCCAGCUGUCAAAUCUGUAUGGAAUCUAUCUGCCAAUCAAGAGACCUUAAUAAGUGUGGUGGUAUUUGCUGGCAUGCUAAUUGGUGCAUAUUCAUGGGGUGCAGUUUCAGACAAAUUGGGAAGAAGGAAUGGAUUUUUGUUCACAGCAUUAGUUACUUCUGCAGCUGGUAUUCUUAGUGCCUUUGCGUGGAACUAUACUGUGCUGAUAAUUGCUCGUGGUUUGGUUGGCCUUGGACUGGGAGGUGGGCCUGUACUCUUUUCCUGGUUCUUGGAGUUUGUACCUGCAACAAAUAGAGGCCUGUGGAUGAUCAUUUUCUAUGUAUUCUGGACCAUUGGUACAAUUAUUGAAGUUGCUAUAGCAUGGUUUAUUAUGCCGCGGUGGGGUUGGAGGUGGCUGGUUGGUGUUUCUGCUGUGCCUUCCUUUACUCUCCUUGUGUUGUACCCUCUGACACCAGAGUCUCCAAGGUACCUAUGCUUGAAAGGUAGAAAAGGUGAUGCCAUUAGAGUCAUGGAGAAAAUGGCGAAACUAAACAAGAAAGAACUGCCCCCCGGUGUGCUUCUAACUGAUCAUGAAGUAGAACGGCAAGGACAAGUUGUUACACCAGAGCUGGGUGAACCUGAUUCUACGCCAUCUACACCUUCUAGGUGGGAAGAUGCUGACAUUGGUGCCAUGAAGACUCUAAUGAUGCUGCUUUCUAGAAAAUUGGUUCGCUCGACAGUACUCUUGUGGCUCAUAUUCUUUGCGAAUGCAUUCUCCUACUAUGGCCUUGUUCUGCUCACUACCCAAUUGAACCGUCCUGAUCGCUGCAACUCACAUGCACCUCAGUCCGGAGACAAUUCAGAUGACAGUGUUGACUAUAAAAAUGUUUUCAUUACUACUUUAGCAGAAUGUCCGGGGCUCCUCGUAGCAGCUGUUGUAAUAGAUAGAAUCGGACGCAAAAUUUCCAUGGCCAGUCUGUUCUUCAUUUGUAUUGCUUUCGUUCUGCCAUUGGUUGUCCAUCAAUCUCCACUUGUAACCACGAUUCUUCUCUUUGGAGCAAGAAUCUGCAUCACAGGAACUUUUGCAGUCGCUUUUGUGAUUGCUCCGGAGCUAUACCCAACUUCGGUGAGAUCAACUGGUUUCGGACUUGCAAGCGCCGUUGGAAGAAUUGGUGGGAUGGUAUGCCCUUAUGUGGCAGUAAAAUUGAUGGAAGCAUGCCAUCAACGUGAAGCACUACUGCUGUUUGCUGGUGUGGUUGCGAUAGGACUAGUUGCGACGGUGUUGAUUCCAUAUGAUACCAAGGGCUGCGAAUUGACAGAGAGCAUAGCGAGCACAAAACACGACAAGCCCCACGAAGACGCCUGAAACAGACUACAAGCUCGGCUUCCUUUCUGCAGCAGUGAUGGAAUUUCAGGCAGGGCAUCAAUGAUUCUUUUCUUUCCCCUCGGUUUUGUGGAUAAUCAAGUCUCUAGUUUCUAGAAUCCAUUGUUGUUAUGUUUUUCCAGUUUGAGACACUAGUUAUUAGAUUGUUAGAUGCAAAGAACAUGCAGUUUGCUUCUCCGUGUUUAGAAUGGACUCAGUUUUUGUGCAGAAGCUCUUCAGUUCAAAUUUCAAAGUGAAAGAGAAUAGGCCCAAAGGUGGGAUCCAGUUAUGGCGGAUUCAAUCAUUUUUCCUUGUGAUAAAUGUGAUCCUUACUGGUGUUAAUACUUAUUAGAAAGUGGCAGACCCGUAGUGAUGGGCUGCACUUAGAAGAGAUGAUACGUGAACCAAUUUCCCAGCUGCUGCUUUUCUAUUCAUUAUCUGUUUGUCUGUCUGUCGAAGUUGAUAGGACAGCUCUUUUUACUGUUCUUUGUUGAGUGAAAGCACAA